AUGUCGCCUCUCUCCAUUUACGAGUUAAUUGCUACGUUGCCACUACUACUUUCCUUCGCCCACGCCGUACCCAUCGCACAAGAAUCUUCCCCAGCCAGCUCAUCCGACAUCUCAACUACCGGGUUCUCCUUUCCUCUCACCAACGGCUUCCCAAACGUAACCAUCCUAUCCACGACGCUGACCGCAAUCGAAGACCAAGCUCACGGCACGCUCCCCAACUCUCCUCUCCCCACCAAAAUCUCCCCUAUAUCAGCAACAGUCUGGCAAAUCAUCGCAUUCAACGAGAUUUUCGAAGUCGCCUUCUUCACUUCGCUCAUCCAGAACAUCACCACGAACGUUACGGGAUUCGAAACCUCCUCACCGAGCGCAAUUCCCUCCUCGCCAAUCUUCAUGCCAUCCAAGCGCAAGACCAGCUACACGCGCUCGGCGCGAAUGCCGUGCUGA